AUGCCCUCCUCUCGCGCUUCCAGUGAUCGCACCGGAUCCAUCGGAUCCCACGAGGCCUACAAGAAAUCCUCUCUCUCCAGCAAGGCCGACCCCAACCAGGCGUUGACUGAAGCCCAGCCAAUGGCCAAUGUCGGAACCUCCGAUAUGUUCUCGCUGCGCUCCAUGCAGCAUCGCGACGCCGAGGGCAAAAUCAUCACCGAACCCGACCUCACGAAUCCCACGCGUCCCCGCUUCGAGCGCCCGUUAGACACCAUCAAGAACUUCGAGGCGGCCAUCGAGCGACGACGAAAGGAGCAUGCGAUGGCAUAG